ACCCACGCCAACACCAAUUGCCCUUCUUGCGUGAUUCCGAGAUGGCGAAGCAGAAGAAAAAGGGCCAGUCCGGCCAGGCGAAGAACUACCUUACUCGAACGCAAGCUGUCCGCAGGCUGCAGAUAUCCCUCCCCGAUUUUCGACGGCUCUGCAUUUUCAAGGGCAUCUACCCUCGCGAACCACGAAAUAUCAAAAAAGCCAGCAAGUCUGCCACUCACUCGACCACAUUCUACUAUACCAAAGACAUCCAAUACCUCCUACACGAACCGUUGCUGGCCAAGUUUCGUGAACAAAAGGCCCUCGAGAAGAAGAUUGCGAGGUCGCUAGGUCGCAAUGAAGUGCAAGAUGCGGUCCGGCUGGAGAAGCAUGGCAUGCCCAAGAUAAAGUUGGAUCACAUUGUGCGAGAACGAUACCCAACAUUUGUUGAUGCCCUACGGGACCUGGACGAUGCACUGUCGUUGCUGUCUUUGUUCGCAAACCUUCCCUCGACCACCGAAGUGCCUGCCAAGGUGAUUUCGCGCUGUCAACGCCUCUGCCACGAGUUCGAACAUUACCUGAUUGCCACAAAUUCCUUACGAAAGUCCUUCUUGUCAAUCAAAGGCAUCUACUACCAGGCGACAAUUCAGGGGCAGGAUAUAAUGUGGUUGGUCCCUUACAAAUUUGUUCAGCAGGUAACACAAGAUGUGGAUUACAGGAUCAUGGGCACCUUCGUGGAAUUCUACUGCACACUUCUGGGCUUCGUCAACUACAGGCUCUAUACUUCAAUCGGCCUCGUGUACCCGCCCAAAUUCGAUGUGGUGUCUGACGAGCGAGGAGCAGAGUUAGCUGCGUUCACUCUCGAGGGGCGUGGGAUUGGUGGAGCAAUUGGCCAACAAGACGAACAGAAAACUUUGAAUGACGGUCAUGCACAAAAUGAGAAUACAGAGGCAGUUCAGGCUCAAAUAGACAAGAUUGUCCAAGAAGCCCCGGCUCAGGAAGACAUCAAGCAGGACGAGCCUGCGGAGGAGCAAGCACACACUGAUGCGAUUGACACUUUCACUCCCGCCGCACCAGAAGGCGAUACCUUACCGCAGCCUGACAUGACUGGCGACGAAGCAGCACAUUUGUUCUCGGACUUCACCUUUUUCAUAUCCCGCGAAGCCCCUCGUCACCCCAUUGAGUUCUUACUCAGAGCAUUUGGCUGCAAACGAGUGGGAUGGGAUGCCGUUCUGGGAGAAGGUGCUUUCACCCAUGAUGAAAGAGACCCCAGAAUCACGCAUCAAAUUGCGGACAGACCCGCGCCGGCGCAACCAUUUACCUCCAUCGGGGGCCAAGAAGGCUCCAAAGAUCAAAGUCUUCAGGCCGUCAAACCCGGGCAUAUCAUGCCUGGAAGGAUAUAUAUCCAGCCACAAUGGAUCUGGGAUUGUGUAAACGAGGGCAAAUUGUUGCGGACUGACCUAUAUGCUCCCGGAGAGACGCUGCCCCCCCACUUAAGCCCAUGGGUCAAGCCCGUCAGCGGCCAAUAUGAUCCAAGGUUGACGUUAGAAGAGCAGGAGCGUGAAGGCGAGGCUGAUGCUGCUACUGCUGGAGAAAGCGACGAUGAAGAAUCACGAGAAGAGACCGCUCAGCUCACUGCCUGGGAAGCAGAAACGGAGGAAGAGGACGAUGACAAUGACUAUGACGACGAUGAAAUAGAUGCAAAUGGCAUGGAUAUCGCGCCCUCGGAUGACGAAUCGGAAGAGCAAGUUGACGACGAGGCGGACGAUUUCGCCGGCUUCGACGAUGAUGUCUCAGAGGAGUCUGACUUGGACGAGGACGCUCAACACCAGAAAGAACUUGAGGCAGAAGCAGCUGGACGACCUAUCAAGUCGAACUCGAACGGAGCAGACCACAAGGCCAAGUCCAUCAAGGCCCGGCAGACAGAACGAUCUCGAAAAGAGGAGGAGAUUGGACGUCAAAAGAUGAUGAUGAGUAACAAGAAGCGCAAGCUGUACGAGAAGAUGCAACACUCCAACAACAAGCGGGAUGAAGAGGCCGAGAAAUUGCGAAGGAAGCGGAGGAAGCUGGAAAAGGCCGGAAAAAGAUGAGACCAGAGAUCCAGAUCUACCCUCGUAGCUUACGAUUGUUGUGCCCAUUAGCGCGGCGUUGAGGUCCUAGAAUACAAAACUCAAAAAGUAGGAGGUAGAGGUAUCAGAAAGAAUCCAGUCGUCUAUCAAACAUC